AAAGAGCUGCUAUGUCUGAGAAGGAAGUGGAAAGAGGGGGAGAGAUAGAACAAGUCAGAGUGAGAGAGAGAGAGAUACAGUGAGAUACAAAACAAGUUAAGGAAAACGGGAGAAAGUGUCGCCAGCCAAAAGAGGAAAAAGAGCGAGAGAGAGAGAGGGAGAGCUGACUCUAGUCCUGAGUCGGGCCAAUGACUUCACUGAGGGGGUGGGGUUUCCCCCCACCCCUCCGCUAGUUUAAAAGGGUACAAGAGUAAGUCGUCCCGCUGCUCUGUUUCUGAGAACCCUGCUGUGUUUGGGACACACACAAACACCAGUGUACUUCCAGCUACAGGAACAGAGACACAAGGGGCCGAGAGGGGGACAUGCCACUGGACGUUGUCCUAAAUGGCCCGGCCCCGUGGGGGUUCCGACUGACCGGGGGCAAGGACUUCAACCAGCCCCUCACCAUCUCCAGGAUCACUCCAGGCAGUAAGGCGGCGGUGGCCAACCUGUGUCCUGGUGAUGUCAUCCUGGCCAUCGAGGGCAUCCCGGCGGAGGACAUGAUGCACUGUGAGGCCCAGAACAAGAUCAAAGAUGCCACCUACCAGCUCAUCCUCACUGUCCAGAGACCAGAAACCAGGCUAUGGUCGCCUCAAGUCACAGAAGACGGGAAAGCCAACCCGUUCAAAAUCAACUUGGAGUCUGAGCAGCAGGAGUUCAAACCCAUUGGUACGGGUCACAACCGCAAGGCCCAGCCCUUUAUAGCUGCAGCUAACAUCGACGACCAUCGCCAGGUGGUGAGCACAGCCUACAACACCCCCAUAGGCCUCUACUCCUCAGGCAACAUCCAGGACGCCAUGCACGGACAGAUGAGGGGCCUGGUCCAGGACAAGCCAGAGGGUAGCAAGACGCUGAGCUCCAUCGAGGAGUCUGACGUAUACCGCAUGCUGCUGAAAGACCAGGAGGAGCCCCAGGAGCCCCGGCAAUCAGGUUCCUUCAAGGCCCUGCAGGACUUUGUCGACAGUGAUGGCACUCGCCCCAUGGUGACGAGGACAGUGAGGGCGCCCAUGACAAAGCCACCGCCGUCUACAGGAAACCUGCAGAAACUACCCAUGUGUGACAAGUGUGGAAACGGCAUUGUGGGCACAGUGGUGAAGGCGAGGGACAAGUUCCGCCACCCUGGCUGCUUCGUGUGCACCGACUGUGACGUCAACCUUAAACAGAAGGGCUACUUCUUCGUGGAGGGCCAACUGUACUGCGAGACCCACGCUCGAGCCCGGACGAGACCCCCGGAGGGCCAUGACCUUGUCACCGCUUUCCCCUCGGCAUAGGACCCUCCUCACACGCACACACACAAGCACACGCACCAUCCUAAAAACUCUGUCUGCCAGUGAGGCACCAUUGAUUGUAACUGUUUGUAUCUGUGUUCUCCUGUGUUAUAUUGUCUGUAUGCUCUGUUUUGCACAAAUCCUGAGAGUGCAUUUGUUUGUGAAUACACUUACAUGUAUACUACUCUCUUCCUUCAAAUAAAGGGGGUUUUGACUCCAUGUUGUGGAAAUGA